CGACAGACCUGGGGCAGCAGAGGAGUGUGCAAGCAGGCUGUGUGAUCAAGAUCUUUCGUUCACUCAGCCACUGACUCAUCCCUGUGAGCGUCGGGAUGCUUGAGUUGAUUGGCGGAUGCGACACCAUCGAUUGCGACUUCGAUGCGUCAAUCGAGCGGCUCACGAUGGCCAAGAGGGCGCUGACGGAUGAGAUCUCGCGGCUCCUUGCUUCGCGAGGCGGCGUGUCGCGUCCCGCCGAGACCACUGGCGAGAUGCUCGUCAAUGCAGGUGUGCAGGGGAGGGCCACGAGGGGCGUGCCAGUGAUGAUGUGACUGUCUGUGUUGGCCUCCAUCGUGUGUGAAUCGCCUGGUCAGGUGGCGUGGUGUUCCCUGUUUCCCGCCGUGGGCUUCUUCUCCCUUGCAUGAAGCAUCGCUACAUCUCGGUCCUGCUGAUGCUCUUCGCUGACGGCCUCCCGCGAGAUGCCGACGGCCAUGUCUAUCUGGAGACCUCACCUGCAUACUUUGAGGCCUUCCUGGACGAGCUGACGCUCUACGAGACCGGCCGCACCAACACCGUCGACCUGCCGCCCUCCAAGGCGGCCGACCCGGCUUACUGCGAGUACCACUCUCUGUUCAUGCGCGAGCUGCCAUCCUUCUCAGCUCCCACAUACAGUAGCCGCGGUGCCGCCACGGCCCGGGCGAUUGAUGGCGCAUGCGACGAGAAGGCCCUAGGGAACGUCAUCCAGACGUCGCUGAGCGACCUGGAAAAGGUCAUGAAGAGGCUCACGCGGCGCAGGGAGGAGGUGGUCCGAUUCCUCUCGGCCAUGGAGCCCUUCAUGAAGGGCCAAGACAACACCGAAGACGACCUGGCGGUGCUGAGCCUGGACGUCCUCGGCCGGCAGGUCGUCAUCCAGAGGCGCACGCUGCUGCGAUUGGGAGACGACCAUCCCCUGCUCACGCGAUUCUCAAAGUGGGCACAUUCACAAAGGACAGGCGGAGAGCGACAAUGCAAUGCAGGUCACAUCUGUCUAUGUGUCUGUGUGUGGUUGUGCAGCACUCCGCCCUGCUGGGGUGACCGUCGUGUGCGUCAGACCCCCACCAAGCACUUCGUCAACACAGUCGAGUUCGCCCGCCGCAUCUCGACGAUGCCCAAGGGGCAGCUCAUCCGACCCCCGCUGCUGGACGAGAGCGAGCGUGAGCUGUUUCGAGAGGAUUUAACGAUGUAUGGUCUCACUUACUCGCCAAUCCUUGACCUGCCGGCCGGCCAGGAGUGGGUCAUGCAGUCGACAGAGGAGUGGGUGGCCGUCCUCGACCUAAUGGACAGGCCCACAUGCAGACCAUCGCUGCUCUUCAAGUGGGCUGGGCACUCACGAACGCACCAUAAUGUUGAACGGGAGCGGCUUCCGCUGGUCCGUCAGGUAUGGGCGUGACGGUGGUGACUGCGGCACGCUGCUGGCCAAGGUGGGCGAUGCGAGCGGUCUGCUGUUCCUCAUCAACCACGACGACACACACCGAUUCGGAGCCUUCGUCGACGGCCAACUCAAGCCGCCUGCCGACCCCACACAGACCAGCGGCCACUACACCGCGCCCCUCAUCUUCAUUUCCAUCAGCGGUGCAUACUCUCGGCCAACCAAGGUGCCCAUCCCCGAGGCCAGACAGGUGGUCGAGGUCGCCGGCCGCGACGCCUCCAUCAAGGCCACCAAUGGGGACAGCCGCGGCAAGGUGGGUUGGUGGGGGGCGAAUGAGAAGAGCACCGUCAUCUAUGGGUCAAUUCGCAUGUCUUGUGCAGUUGGGCAUUGGCGGUGGGUAUCUGUGGUUUGGGUUGGCCACCCCCGGCCCGUCAGAUGACGUCCGCAGCAUGCAUCAGUGGGUCAAGAAGGAGGGCUUGCCCGACAACGGCUACCUCGGCCGGUUCAGCGACGAGAACGGUCACGGCACACUGGCGGGAGACUGGAACUUCACCGCGAAGGAGAUGGAGAUAUGGCACAUCGAGACCGCCAGGGGUGGUUGGUUUAAAGCGGCGGCACCGCACGCUGCUGUCAGGGUCGGGUCGAGGAAGCCGAAGGGCCUCAUGAGCUGGCUGUGGCGGUGGGGAGGUGAAUAAGUAGAUGGCCGAUAGCCUUGCGUGGAUGCGUGGUGCGUGGCAGUCCUCAUGGUGAAAAGGCGGAAGUAAUACCUAUGUGUGAGUGUAUUGUUCGUGCGAGUCGACCGUGGCAUUAGUCGUUUUUGGCUCUCUGACCCUCCCGUGGCCUCUAUAAGUACUCUCUCAUGGUUUUGCUGGCGUGAACGGGGGAAGGGUCAGAAAGCGGGCCCAUGGCCGUCUGUCUGUCUGUCUGUCUGGCUGUCUGUGUGUAUGCGCGACAGACAACAAGUGACACCGACCAGUGGUUUAUUUCGCCGUCUGCAUAUCCGUGAAAGUGUGUCUUCCUUUGCCUCACCUGCCGUGCGUGGCACUGCACGGCAGAUCGAUCGACGCAACAUAACGUGUCCCCUCGCACAUCGCAUUCAUGGACGUGGCUCCAUCCGUCCGUCCCUCCAUCCGAUGACCCGUUCGUCGUGCUUGUGUGUGACUGUCUGUGGUGAGAUGUCAUGUUCUGUGACUGACUAACACAGACAGACAGCCAGACAGACAGACCUGCUGAUUGGCUGAUUGAGAGUUGGCUUGUGGAUGGAUGGAUGGAUGGUCAGUCUAUGGCCAUGCCGUGUCGGUCUUAUGAUGACAAUGCAUUCGACGCCAACUAAAUCGAUGAACCGCUCAAUCUGCGGCUGAUGGGUCAUCGCACGACAGGCACAGUCUGGUCGGCAGUUGGUCGGUCAUUUGUCCGUCAUCUUGAUUCAAUCGCUGUGUGUGUCUAUCUCUCCAUCCGGCACUACCUGUGUUUGUCAACGAAGUGUUCGACGUCCUCCAGGGUCGUUCGUUGGGCUGCGCACGGCGCAAUAGCAAAUCGAAGAGAGAAAAUUUGCUGUCUGUUUGUCUGUUUGUCUGUUUGUCUGUCUGUCUGUUUGGGUAUAUGGGAGGGGGAGAGACACAGACGGACAGACAAGAGGAGCCAUUAUUGUGUGUGAUUGUG